UAUGAAGGGAUGAAAUUGCAUCGUGAAUACUACUGCUUUGAUGCAACUCGGCAAUUUGUGAAUAGGUCAUAUACUUUUUGUCAACUACAGAUUCAAAUGAAGGAGCCUUGGUGCUCAUAGCGUAUCCCACCUGUGUGACUGAUGGAGAUUCUUACACAAUGAACCUCCACGGAUACUCUUUGAAACAUUAUCGACGGGCCUAUUUAUAACUUUGCAAAUGGCGUGUAAAAGUCUGAAACCACCCAGGCCUUACAUCACAGGGAGAACAUCAGCGCUUAAAGUGGAGGAGAUUGUUAACAUUCUGAGGAGUCCAGAUGAGAGCAAGACCAUCCAGACUGCCCCCGCCACACCUCAGGGAGGACAGGUGUACCUCUAUAAGAUAGCAUCGGGUAUGAGAGAAGACGUGUGGAAGGACGACAAAUAUCACUUCAGAAGUGAUGGAACCCGGAAGCAGCCUAGCUCAAGUCCAGUCAUAGUGAAGCAGUACCACAAGGCUUACACCGAGGACAAGGCAACAACAAGGGCCUUUGUCAGAGAAGCAUCGUAUCUGUACAACCAGCCUCUGAAACACGUCCUAGUGCAAUAUAUCGGGGACCACACACAAGCACAGCCUGCUCCUCAACGUAAGAAGCGUGGUCAACAGACAGUUAAUUCCCCAGGUUACAGUAAACGUAGAAAAGUAGAAUCAACUGGUGGAGCUGUACAGUCGGGUGUCACGGAGAACACUAACUCAAACCUGGACCCUGAAGAUCAUUCAUCACCGACAGAAUUGGAAGACAACGGUAAAUCAAACACUAUUCUAGGUGUAACAUUGAAUGAAGCAAAGGUGUCAGAGACUGAAACAAAGAAUGAUCAUGACACAAAUCAGAAACGCAGCAGGACAGGAGAUCAUAGAGGUGAUGAUGACAUUGAAUAUUUGGGUACAACGUCAGGCUCCCCUGUCAAGAAACUCCGUUUGCAGCCUCAAGUUGACAAUGACAACACAGUUGUAACCUGUGUCACUAACACACCCUACGCUUAUCUGUACACAUUUCUAGAAGAUGUAGAAAGGAAUCGUGAUGUGAUAAGGGUCGUGCAACAGGUUUUAUCUUUAUCAAGGUUCUGGAACAAGGACUGUACCAACAAAGACAACGCAUGCUUGUCACUCAUUGAAGAGGUCGACAAGAACUGGAAUCUAGAUGCAAUAAAAGCAAGGAACUGGGUUAAAUGUUCUGUAAAUACUGACGUUCUGAGCUUGAACCAAGACCGGUCAGUUUACAUAAACCUCAUCGCAGCAGUACUUGUUGGAGCAUGCCAUACCAGGACUGAAGUACAGGACUUUUUGAAAACACUGAAGGAUCCUCCUUCACACCCGCAGCAUGUACAAGAGGACGUCCCCCUGUCACGUAACUGUACAUACACAGUUGGCUGCUACACCAUCAGAGGAGAUGUUCUGUCUCGCCUGGAAACCAACGACUGGCUGACAGAUGAAAUCAUGGACACAUACCUGCAUCUCCUGGAGAGAGAGUGGUGUUCCCGUGUCAGCUUCCACUGCCUGGUGCUGCCUACAGAGACAAUCCUUCUGUGGGAGGCAGGACAGUACACAGACAGGAUAAGGGGGAAAGAUGAAAAUUUGACAAACUAUACGUGGAUCUUAAUGCCAGUGAACAUGCCGCGUAAUCAACAUUGGGUGCUACUGGUGGCUAAUGUCAAGGAUGGUACAGUGGGCGUGGUCAAUUCUAAACCCGCCUUAGAUGUGGAGGACACAGUUGUACAACACUGGAGGCUCUUUGUAAACCACUUGAAAUCUACGUCUAAGGAAGGGAGCAAGUCAUGGAUGAAGAAACAGUACCCAGUGAUAGAACAGUCUGAUGGACACAGCUGUGGUAUAUUCGUUCUGAUGGCUGCUGAUGCAAUUUUGGCGGAGAAGUCUCCAGGCAUCAUGAGGAACUGUCACGUUGAGAAAUACAGGCUGUAUGUACUUCAGAGGAUACUACAGUAUGCCAAGAACAAGGGAGAUGUACAGGGUGGAGGAAAUCACAUGAUGGCAGUUGAUGGACAGGGUAAUGUCACAAACGAAAUUCAAACUGUAACACUGGAGACAAGAGAUGUACUGGAAAAUAGCUGUACAAUGACAACAGAACAAGGAGGUCCAACUAUUCAUGAAGAGGAUGGACAUGAAACACAUGAAGGAACCGACUGUGCUAUCGCCAUUGAAGAAAGGUGACAACCGAUGGCCAGUUUCUUAUGAAAUCAUCGUCAGUUCCACACGGAAGCUAUAACAAUGGCGGUUGGCUUACAUCCACACCACCAACAUCAACGUGUCCCGUGAACCACACAUCAGUAGAAUUGCCAGGGGUUUAUGUUCCGAGUCAACUGGGACAAGCAGUUUCCACAGACAGACAAAGUGUUAUGGAAGAGAUCGCCUUGCAGUCAUCCCAACCAUAUCAUAUAGACGGAAAUCUUAACAACCUCCUUACAGAUCCUGCAUACAUGGAGAUACGUUCACCCAAUCAAAGAUCAGAAACCAUAUAUGGAAUCUCAAGUCAUGUUCCCACCUAUGUCCAUGCUCCAGUAGUUGGUGACACACUGCCUAGUUCAGAUACCACUAGUAAUUCUGAGAAUACCAUCAUUCACUACACUGAGUCUGGGGAAAAGAUAGAGCUGCUGCAGCUCUAAAAGUGGUCUAGAAAGGAGUUAUCAUUGUUAUUAUGAUGUGUCCAAUGUUACAGUAUACAUAUACAGUUUUACAACCUCCAUUAGGGGUCAGUCGUCCGAAUUCGGUUUGCAGAAAAUAACGAGUUAUUUGUGAAACCCAAGAGCACGCGUAUGGUGCUGACAAACCUAGAAACAUAAUCUGAGCGAACCUGGAUUCGAACCCACAAUCAUAGGUAUCUGGUGUACCCAAGGGACGCAACUCUGCACAGCGAAUCGCGGCGCCUUAGACGACUGGGCCACCCGUACCCCCGUGGGAGUGAUUUGUGUCAAUGUAGUUUUGACGUUUCUGUUCGCAUCUCGAUUCCAUAAAAAACCCAUUGUACGUUACAAAUUCUAGGAACAUGGCUAACUUUAAUGUUUAGAAGAUUACAUAACAGUUUCUUACAAAUGUUUAUAACUGGACAUAUGCAGAUUUUAGUGUGUUCCGAACUUUCUUAAAGCAAAGUGUUUUGUUGAAAUUAGUGGGAGUGAGUUCAGAUUGACGUACACAAUGAAUGUUUGCAGCUACAUGUCGCUGUGUAAAAUAUGUACUUGCAGGAACACGUGGGUGUCUUCUAUCAUAGUCGGUAUUGUCACUUUGAUUUGUUUCUGCACCAUUUCCAGGGUCAGAGUUGUGAAGUCUCACACCCAAUACGAAGCCAUGUAACAUGUUGUACAUGCAAUAUAGACUUUAAAGUAUGUUCACGGUGACCUCAUAUUCAGGAAUAUAAUGAUUGUUUUAUUUCAAAGCAAUUUAUCCUAUUAAUUUCCAUGAUGUCUUGGCACACAUGAAAAUGCUAAGAUCAAAUAGAAUUCUUUGAGCUGUGUCCCUUAAACAAAUACAGACUUUAUAGUCAUGGGGAAAACCAACCGGUAUUACAUUCUUCCAUGAUAUCUGACAUAUUCUUAUGUGACAUUAUGUGAUAGAUCACUGAACGAAUCCCCGUAAGACAUCGUUUUCAUUACAAACUGUGUAUCUGAAAACGUAUCUAAGGAGCGAUUGAUGUUGGAAGCACUAUUGUACUAACAUUCAUGGUGUAAUUUAUAUACUUUUAUCAUCAGAUAACUCUUGUUAGUGCUGCAUUAGUUAAAUGGCCUUGUAUGUAUUGCCCAUAGUUGACCCAUUGUAUAACCCCUGUGUGACUGUAGACCUACAAUUAUGUUUUACAAUAGAAGUUGUUCUUUAUUCAUUUGUAUUUUGUGCUGAUUUACUGAUUUGGCAAUAUAGUUUGAACCGUUUUCUAUUAUUGUUACCUGAAUGCUCGACAUGGGUGUUUUGAGUUCAAUUUAUAGUCCCCAAAGUUAAAAGGUAGAACUAAUCAAGAUCCAGGUCGAAUUCAAAUAUUUCGGAGAAGUCGAACUAUUUCUUUGGUCCCCAGGAGUUCGAGGCAAUUGGGUCCGAUUGUUCCUUUAUGUGUAUAUAUCUGAAUAUGUAUACAGUUAGAAAAAGGUGCUUAUCCAAACGCAGUGAAGUCAAACAGAUUGAGCCAUACCAGUGCAGCGUGUAUCAUAAUCAGAAUCAAUCACAAACUAUAUUCAUGCACUAUCCUGAUCUAAAUAUACACUUUCCCUGUGAAAAAGACAAAUAAGUGUCUUUGUUAAUUAUAAUCAAAUAAAGAAAAUACGCAAAACCAAAUCAAAACAAACUAACAAUUGAAUGAAGUUAUCCAGGUUACAUGGCCUAAAUAAGCAUCAUGUUUUGCAAGCACAAUACAUGUGUGAUGAUCAAGCCUGCUAGAAUUGUCAUCAUACACCAUUGCAUUUGUAAAUACCUUGCUCUGAAAUAAAGUGGGCUAGACCACCACCAUUGUCAAAUAUCUUAUAAACACAAACUGCAUGUCUGAAGAAUAUGGCUAUUUUUGCUGUCCAUUAACUGUACAAAUUUUCUUUGUGAUGGAUACGUAUAAUAAUAGUUAGGCAGGUAUUUGAUUCUUAUAUCCUCAUAUACUGGACAUAUCAAUAAAACAUGGUAUUCA